UAGCGAGAAUAAGUGAGUAUUUAAAGGACAACCUAAGGGUCGAAGUCGGACAGUGGAGCUAUCAGAAAGCUGGAAUAGUCGGAUAAGGAGGAACAUCCUUCAAUGGCGUCCCAUAUUACCCGUGAGUGGUCAGGAAUCAAUACAUUCGCACCUGCUACGCAGACUAAGUUGCUUGAACUCUUGGGAAAACUUAAGCAGGAGAAUGUGAACUCCUUGACUAUUCUUGUGAUGGGAAAAGGGGGUGUUGGAAAAUCUUCGACUGUGAACUCCAUCAUUGGGGAAAGAGUGGUUUCGAUUAGUCCUUUCCAGUCGGAAGGGCCGAGACCUGUGAUGGUGUCACGAUCAAGGGCUGGUUUUACAUUGAACAUUAUUGACACUCCUGGUCUCAUUGAAGGGGGAUACAUCAAUGAUAUGGCACUUGAUAUAAUAAAACGUUUCCUUCUGAACAAGACCAUAGAUGUGCUGCUUUAUGUGGAUCGCUUGGAUGUGUAUAGAGUGGACAACUUGGACAAGUUGGUUGCCAAAGCUAUAACAGAUAGUUUUGGCAAAGAAAUAUGGAACAAGGCUAUAGUAGCACUCACACAUGCCCAGUUCUCUCCACCAGAUGGAUUACCUUAUGAUGAAUUCUUCUCUCAAAGAUCUGAGUCUCUCUUGACGGUUCUUAGGUCUGGUGCCCGAAUAAAGAAAGAAGCCAUUCAGGCUUCUUCUAUUCCUGUUGUUUUGGUCGAAAACAGUGGGAGAUGCAACAAAAAUGAAAGUGAUGAAAAGGUUCUUCCGAAUGGGACUGCUUGGAUUCCUAACCUAGUCCAAACAAUCACAAAUACCGCAUUGAACAAAAGUGCGUCUAUUCAUGUUGACAAGGAUUUAAUUGAAGGGCCAAAUCCGAAUCAGAGAGGAAAAUUAUGGAUUCCUGUGGUGUUUGCUCUCCAAUAUUUCCUUCUCAUCAAGCCAAUAAAAGGACUGAUUGAGAGGGACAUUGAAAAUGAGAGAAAGCCAGCAUGGGAGAGACGUGAUGCCGGUUUCCGGAAGAGAGAUUUUUAUUAGAUGUGCACUUGAGUGCCGAUGAAAUUCCAUUGAUGUUUAGCUUCCUCUGCUGACACAUUUGUCCAUUGUCUUUUCCUUCUACUGUAUUUGCUAGUAUUCUGCGGCAUAGGAAUUUGUUUGACUUGAGAGGAUUGACUGUAUGUUGGGAAGUUGUUUGCCUUUGCAUGAUUUGUUUGUUAGUAGUUAAAUGUCUUGUAUACGUAACUCUAGAUAUGGCUACCAUCGUUGAUAUCUUGAUAUCCUAUUAAACUAGCCCGAAAUAAUGAUAUGAAUAUUGAAAACUACUUCAUAGCA